AGAAGCAAUAUGGUUUGAUUCGCUGCUGAUCAGACAAUAGCAAAGCUGGCUAACUUCUCCUUUUUUUGGAUUCAUCAUCAUCAUCAUCAUUGAAAUAAGUCUGAUUUCUUUUAUAGAGAGAGGGUAUUAAAUAUAAAUGUACACGCUAGUCACUUAAAUGCUUCAGGGAAAUUACAGCUUUCCUCCAUUUUUAUUUAGAGUUGCACCAGUUUACCAAAUGGCGUCCUUAUCUAGAAAUAAAAUAACAUAUCUAGUGACCUACAUGGGGUGCCAGUAUUUUAUAUUAAAUGGAAUGCUCUUUUAAAGGAAGUAGGCCUUUAAAUCCCGAAUAAUUUGCUUUCUGAUCAGAGUAUAGUGCUCCUGACUAUAAGGCUUUUCUGAUCAGUGAUUCCAUUUUAAAGGUCGGAACUCCCACAGGAAUUGCCAUCAGGAAGUACUAGAAAUACACUAUAGUGGCAAAAGUUUUGGGACACCCCUCCAAAUCAUUGAAUUCAGGGGUUGGGCUCGGCCCCUUAGUUCCAGUGAAAGGAACUCUUAAUGCUUCAGCUUCAUACCAAGACAUUUUGGACAAUUUCAUGCUCCCAACUUUGUGGGAACAGUUUGGGGAUGACCCCUUCCUUUUCCAACAUGACUGCACACCAGUGACCAAAGCAAGGUCCAUAAAGACAUGGAUGAGUGAGUUUGGUGUGGAGGAACUUCACAGAGUCCUGACCUCAACCCCAUAGAACACCUUUAGGAUGAAUUAGAGCGGAGACUGUGAGCCAGACCUUCUCGUCCAACAUCAGUGCCUGACCUCACAAAUGUGCUUCUAGAGGAAUGGUCAAAAAUUCCCAUAAACACACUCCUAAACCUUGUGGAAAGCCUUCCCAGAAGAGUUGAAGCUGUUAUAGCUGCAAAGGGGUGGGGCAACUCCAUAUUACAUUCAUGUGCAUGUAAAGGCAGAUGUCCCAAAACCUUUGGCAAUAUAAUGAUACGAUGAAGGAGGACGACGAUGGAAACAAAAACGAAUCCCUUCAAAUAUUCUCUGGUCCACUGAACAUCUGCCUGAACAUCUGCACCUCUGGAAUUUAGCUCCAAAAACAAAGGAAAAAAAGAACACAAUGGACAGUAAACAGAGGGAGAAGACCAGAAGCGGAUACUUCGGUAACGUCAAGAGCAGGCUGGGCACCAGGCUGCCGCCAGGCUUCACGCAGCCUCCAGGUUUGGUCAGAGGGCCGUGGGACGCCUCGGUGAGCGCUAACGUGGGCCGAGACGCUAUGGACACGGGGCGCCAUCAUAUCCGCAACCCCAAACUCAGACAGUAUUACCUCAAAGAGGCUGCUUUUCCAUCUGACACGUCGACAAGAAAGACGCUGCACUCUGUGGAGGAAUCAAGCAGGAGGGAUGAGCGAGCGGUUCAUCAUGAGGACACAGUGUUCAGUAUAGCCUCUCAGUUUAGUGGCAGAUCAUCAGAUUCGACCUUAAACACACAGAAACUCUCAGCGACGCUCUCUGACCCUCUUACUGAGCCCAAACUGGACGCUGUGACCCCCACGACCCCCGUGUCCCCAUCCACAGACGCCGAGUACGACAAGCUGCUGGACGUGGAGGCGGUGCCAUUGCCUGACGGACAGCUCUGCCUGUUGGCUCUACCCCCAGAGUGCACACAGGGGGCGGAGUCAGCGGGACUGCCGUGUCUCAAGCUGUUCUGUCGCUUCAUCACCGACCGGAAAGGCGUGGUGUCUGGCAUUCUCCUUGUAGCAGCCAAUAAGAUCUUCUUUGACCCGUAUAAGUCCCUCCCUCUGGUGCAGGAGAACGGCUGUGAGGAGUAUCUCUUCUCCUGCCCGGUGGACAAUCUGUCGUCCGUCACCUUCUUCUCCGACAUCUCUCACGUUCACUUCAGCCGGUCCACACAGAGGUGGAAACGUCGUAAGAAAACGUUGAAGGGUAAAAGUUUAAAGGACCAUGUGAGCACACCUCAAUCCAAAAUGGAUGCAGGGUCUGCUCUGGUGUCUGCUGUGACACGUGAGGUGGAAACAGAGGCAUCGGACACGGUGGAGGACGAGGUCGGGGAGAGCAGGGACAUGGCCGAGGUCGAGAGACAGCUGGAGCAGCUCGCGCUGGAGUUCCACACCGGGCAACAUCUGUGUUCAGGAAAGCAGAUCUCAGGACACAGCCGGACCAGCUCCAUGAUGUUUGUGAGGAUGCGUCAGAAACCCCAGCUGAAAAAGGGUCUCGGGAUGCCGGAGAUCGGAAAAGCCAAAACAGUGCCAUGCAGAGACGCCUGGUUCAUCCUGCAACAGGAGAGUUCGGACGAGCUGUACGCCUACCUGAGCCACCACCGGCCGGACCUGUGCAUCCUGGAAGGAGGUGGCGAGGAAGAGGAGGCAGAGCAGGACGAAGACGACUUUGUGAUUCUCAGCGAGGGAGAAGAGGAAGGAGAGGAAGCCGGCAGAGACGGGCGCACCGGAGACGAGUGGGAGAUGGUGUGUGUAGAGGACAGCAGGGUGAAGGAGUCUCUCUCUAUAGACAAAGAACCUGAUGGACUGAGUGACAUUGUGAAGCAGAGCCUCAUACUGAACACACAGCACGUCCGAGAGCUGUCCAGCGAGCUGCCUCCUCGUACCGUGGGUCACUCGUGGAGAUUAACCUAUAGCACCAGCAAACAUGGCGCUAGUCUCAAAACACUCUACAGGAAGCUGAGCGCCUCGGACUCGCCCGUCCUCCUCCUCAUCCGAGACGAGAACGAGCAGGUGUUCGGCGGUUUCCUUUCUCACCCUUUGCACCCGAGUGACAAGUUUUACGGUACAGGAGAGACCUUUCUCUUCCUCCUUCACCCUCGAUUUAAGUGCUUCCGCUGGACAGGUGAAAACUCCUUCUUUAUUAAAGGUGACCUCGACUCCUUUGCCAUCGGCGGCGGAAGUGGACACUUCGGCCUGUGGCUGGACGAGUCUCUGUAUGUGGGGAGGAGCAGCCCGUGUUACACCUUUAACAACUGCAGCCUGUCUGAGAAGAGCGACUUCCGGGUGCUGGAGCUUGAGGCCUGGACCUUCUGGUGAUCUGACAGGUCAUCAGAUCUGAGCUGGAGGUGAUGGAGCAGGAUCGAGAGCAGAAUGGACACUGAUCUUUUAAGGUCUGAGGAGGAAAAGUAAUACUGGAGGAAUUCCAGCUCUGUUGGAUGAAGGAAAACGCUACUGCAUAUGUGCAACGCUAACGCAAAAAAAUAAUAAUGAUAAUGAUUCGCAUUCAAAUCAUUUACAUCGAGGAGCCAUGUGACCGCGACGCAAGGAAAAGACGAUAACCGAUGAAAGAUGUUCAACAAAAUAUUCUCACAUUCACGUCUCUCGAUUUCACCGCUCAGCAUUAAAACCCCCAUGAAACAGCUGCUAGUGUGUAACACUGGUGUGUUUCCUUCUGAAACAGGAAGUGACGUGUUGAACUUUACACACCCACCAGCCAAUAGCAUAAAGGUAAACCAAGUGCAGGACUUCUGGGUCCCGAAAGCAUUAAUCAUUACGAUCGAAGACGACAUAUAUCCGUGACUUGAUGGAAAACGUCCCCAAAAAUUUCCAAAUUCUAAAAUUUAUUUUGUAUUAUUUAUUAUUAAAAAAAUAAACCUCUCCACAUGAGUUUAAUACCAAAAUGUCCAAAAAGACAAGGGGUUCAUUAUUAUUUUAAUUAUUUUCUUUUUAAAUAAUUAAAUAAAAUUCAAAUUGUACACAAUCGUACACAGUACAACCUGCAGUAAAAUGCUUUAUUUUUUAUAAUAAUUCUCAAUUAUUUCUAAUUGUUUGUACAUUAUUGUAAACUGUUAUUAAUAAUAAUAAUUCUCUUUAUUAAUUAUAAUUAAUAUAAAUUCAAUUUAAAUAAAAUAGCUUUAAUUAAUAUUAUAAAUAUGUUUAUUUAAUUUAUUUAUAUUUAUUAAUUCUAUUGAUUAUUAAUAGUAAUAUUAAGAAUCAUUUUCAUUUUCAUAUGAUGUUUGAGAAAUGCCACUAAUUUUUUUUUUAUUAUUAUUUUAUUUUUUAACAUUUGUCAAAUGUAUUUCGGAUGUUUUUUAAUUGAAAAAUCAACGCAACACCAGUAUAUGAGAGUGAGUCUCUAGUCACUAAGAUGCUAGUCAUGCUAGUAAAAAUAUAAAUAAAUACAGAAAAAUGAAUAACUCAUGUCCUUUCUGGACUUCUGGAAUUUGAUGAUUAUGUAAUGUCCAGAAAAUAAUUUGGAAAUCUUACCCUUCGAAAAAUUUGAUCAAAUCUGCAUUUUUUUUUUCCAAACUUACUGUGACAUCGCAAUAUUUCUAUUUAAUCGUCACAUUUCCACACUGAUAAAGCUGUUCUGUUGCCAUGUCUUGUUUUUAUAAAGUACUGUAUUGUUCAUAACACCGAGGAGCUGAUGAACAAAAACCUGUGAAACACCAGAUUUCAUUUAUUUUUUAUUUGAGCUUCGUCUCUGUUCUGAGGACGGAUUGAUGGAACGGAAAAUUCGAUGCGGUUCUAUUUAAACGACGGCGACCGAAGCCCCGGAAAAGGAAAGCACUUGAAGCCACUUUUAACCUGCACUGACCUUCAUGACGAAUCAACAUUCACGUCUUCUAGCAAUGAGAAGAUUUUUAAAAUGUGAAAACUACAGUACAAAGCACUUCUGCAUAAUAAAUAAAUAAAUAAAUAAGACGUUUAUGGAUUAUGGAAGUUAUAAAAACUGAGGUAACUGUUUCACACGCCUUUGGUUCUGAUUCCUAAUGGAACUGGUUUGCAUCUUCACAAGCAACAAGCAAUCAUGAUGAUGAUGAUGAUGAUUACGACGACGAAGACGUCAUAAACAGAAGCAUCACCUCAGCUUUACUGUACACAGACCGCUUACUGAAUUUCAUCAGCUGACGCAAAGCUAGGUUUAUUUAAACAGAAAUGAGGGAAAUGCAUCAUGGGACACCAACAAACUCAUCACUGUAACUAUUAUAUAUAGAAAUAUAAUAAAUGGGAAUCUUCCAAAUCAAUCGUGAUCAUGUAUUUUUCCCCCAUAAAUUAAAUAAAUGACACAAUCAACUAAA